CCGCUUUCUCCCGUCCUCAGGCCCGCGUCGCGACCCCACGCUGCGCUAGUGUUAGGGUUUCGUUCCCGUCCGCCUAAGGUUAGGGUUAGGGUUUCCUUGAUCCUUUAGGGUUAGGGUUAGGGUUUCUCUAUGGCCGCGGAGAUGGCCGCGGCGGAGCUUGCAGAGGCCAUCAAAGUCAUUCCCUCGAAGAAGGAGGAACUCCGGAAGGCUUUCGAAGCCCUCCAAUCCUUCUCCCCAGCCCUGGCCUCGUUCACCCUCCAAUGGAGGGACCUCGAGGACCACCUCUGCUCCAUCGAGAGAUCCAUCGAACUCCGCCUCAAGGAGCUCGAAUCUAAGUCCAUCUCCGGCACCACGCCCCCUCCGGUGGCCGCCGUGGUGAAGGUCGAGGCCGAGGCCGAGUGCGUCCCCCGGCCAGAGCUCAGAUCCUUCUGCGUCAAGAUGGACGGAGUAGGGUUGAGGUCGUACGUAGUCCAGAACCGGAAGGAUCUCCCAGCGAUUAAGAACGAGCUUGACACCGCCAUACGGUCGGCCCCGGACCCGGCCAAGCUGGUCUUGGACGCCAUGGAUGGGUUCCACCGUCCGAAAUCCGAGGGGGAGAAGGACGGUAAUCUCCAGGUGAUCAGGAGGACGUGCCUCAAUCUUUUGGAGCGCCUCCGGGCGGUGGCGCCGGAAAUCAAGCCAUUUGUUAGGGAGAGGGCGAGGGAACUGGCGGUGGAAUGGAAGGGGAAGAUCUCGGAUGGUGCAGAUAAUGUUCUAGCUUUCUUGCAGCUCGUAGCUUCUUACGGGUUGGCUUCAGAAUUCGAUAGGGAUGAGAUCUUGGAUCUCUUAAUUUCCGUAUCGAGAAGGAAGCAAGCUCUUGAUCUCUGUAAGAUUCUCGGAGUCAUGGAGAACAUGGCCGAUCUCAUUGGGGGCUUGAACAGCAAGGGCAGACAACUUGAUGCUGUCAAAUUUAUCCAUGCUUUGAAUGUUAUGGAUAAAUACCCUCCAGUGCCUAUCUUGAAAGCCUACUUAAAAGAAUCCAAGAAGGCUGCUCAAGAAGUGCGAAAGAAAGGAAAUAAUUCUAUUAAGUCACAGAAUGAGGCUAUUGUGAAAGAGCUUGCUGCUCUUAAGGCAGUAAUCGGAGCUAUUAAGGAGUACAAGCUGGAAUCAGAAUAUUCAUGUGAGACUCUUAAGAAGCGUAUUGCUCAGUUGGAGCAACAAAAGGCAGGCACAAAGAGGACGGUAGCAGCUGCUGCUGACUCAAGUUCGAAAGCUGAGAAGCAGCCGCAGAAGUCGAACAAGCGGCCUCGGUCAACAUUUAAAUCACCUGCUGCCGAAUCUAAAUCUUUUGUCCCACUUGUUCAAAACCAGUCCCAGUUGGGAUUGACAAACAAAGCUCCAUACAUGGGUUCAGUUGGGUCGUAUGACCUUCCUACCACUGGAGGUUUUUAUGAAUAUUCAAGACCAAGUAUAUCUGGGACUCACUUGGGGUUGCAUUCAGGCCCAAGCAUAUCUGGAACUCUCUGGGGGCUGGGUGGAGGCCAUUUGUCAAGAUCAUAUCUUUACCCAUCGGAGCCCCUUGGUGGCUCCAGCCUUUAUGAUAGGCCAGUUACCUAUGGUGGUCGCCCCCCUUCUCCUUAUGGCUCCUCUCUUUAUCCGUACGAUAUCGGGAUGAAUAUGUGAUUUUUUAAUGGCAAUAUUUCUUGCCAAGCCGCCUACAGAGUGAAAAGUAGUAGUAGCUUGGUGAUCUUAUAAACCGCAAUUGUCAUAUACAAGGAAACUUUAUGUUAUUAGAUAAGUUUUGAGAUGUUAAUUUAUCAAGUAUUUUGAUUUGUUUCAUUUUUGUUUUUCAAUCUCUAUAUGGUAUAAUCAUAAGGAAUCUGAAGUUCCAUAAUCAUUUUUGUGGAACUUUGAAACAUUGUCUGGCCAAUUUCCCCUAAAUGGCUGUUCAGUUAGUUUUUUUAUCAAAGUUUCCAAUUAUGUUUCAAGGUUGAAUUAUGUAGUUUCUGAUCCUGCAAGCUGUUUAAUGUAGUUAGACAAUUUUUAGAUCAAA